CUCCGUGAAGGCUGCAGCCGCACGCUGCUGCACUUGAUAACACAGGGAAAGUUUUUUAUAUUUUAACCUGAAGACGCUUUGGAAUAUACUUGUGUUUUAUUUUGUUUUUCAGUACAGAGGACACAUGUGAAACUUUGAAAAGAAAAAAAACGAACAUGUGCCUGGACGCUGUUUUAAUGUUUCUGAGGGAAUAAAAAUCAAGUGGAUUUUACGCACCAAGCUCCGGAUUUUUCACUUUAAUUAUAUUUUUUUUAGUAUAGGCCUAUUUUCCCGGACUGCUUUUAUUCUUUUUUUUUGUUUAACCGACUGUGAGUCUCAUAAUGCGACUUCUUCUGGUGUUUGCAACCUGUCGGGAACAACCAGUGCUGGUAAAAAUGUUACAAGGCAGUUAAAUUUAUUGGAACGUGACCACCGGAGAUGAACUUUCUCCGUAAUGAUUGCGGGGCUGUGGUGAAUGAUUGACAGCGGGGGCUCGGCCCGGAGCUCUGUGGACCUUUAUGGACAAAUCGGAUAUACAGACUUUUGUUUUAAUUAACAAAAAGCUGAAAGGAACAGAAUGAAACUCUGGUCCUGAUCUAUUCAGCAGAGAAAGAAAGUUUUCAUCCAGAGAUGAACUUAAGCUGAUUUCCCUCUUUUAUUAUUGUUAUUAUUAUUUUUUUUUCAAAAUUAAUAUUUCUAUACUAUUUUUAUAUGGCAUCGAUGGUGAGGCACGCGCCGUGCAGCCCGGUGUUCCCGCGGCCCCUCAUGCUGCUGCUGCUGCUGCUUCGGUGUCCUGGUCUCACGUUAGGAGCCUCCAAGGAUCUGGUGUGUGAGCCCAUCACCGUGCCCAUGUGCAGGGGCAUCGGCUACAACCUGACCUACAUGCCCAACCAGUUCAACCAUGACACCCAGGAGGAGGUGGGGCUGGAGGUGCAUCAGUUCUGGCCCCUGGUCCGGAUCCGCUGCUCCCCAGACCUACUCUUCUUCCUGUGCAGCAUGUACACCCCGAUCUGCCUGCCGGACUACCGGAAGCCGCUGCCGCCCUGCAGGUCUGUGUGUGAACGGGCCAAGCGAGGCUGCUCCCCUCUGAUGAGCCAGUACGGCUUCGAGUGGCCCGAGAGGAUGAGCUGCGAGCAGCUGCCCCAGCUGGGCGACGAGGCCCUGUGCAUGGACCAGAACAGCAGCGAGACCACCACUAUAGCGCCACCGUUCCCAAAGCCGACCCCUAAAGGCCGCACCAGACCCCCAAGCCCACCGCAGUGUGACAGGGAGUGCCGCUGUCGAGACCCCCUGGUCCCCAUCAAGAGGGAGUCCCACACUCUGUAUGGCCAGGUCCAGACCGGCCCCCUGCCCAACUGUGCCCAGCCCUGCCACCAGCCCUACUUCUCCGCCAACGAACGGGCCUUCACCAGCUUCUGGAUAGGACUGUGGUCGGUGCUGUGCUUCAUCUCCACCUUGACCACCGUCGCCACCUUCCUCAUUGACAUGGAGCGCUUCAAGUACCCUGAGAGGCCAAUCAUCUUUCUGGCUGCCUGCUACCUCUUCGUGUCUUUGGGUUACAUCAUCCGCCUGGUGGCAGGUCAUGAGCGUGUGGCGUGCGGCGCCAGCAGCAGUGUCGGUGGCGACCAGCUGCACAUCCUCUACGACACCACGGGCCCCGCUCUCUGCACCCUUGUCUUCUUGUUGGUGUACUUCUUCGGCAUGGCGAGCUCCAUCUGGUGGGUGGUUCUAUCCUUCACCUGGUUCCUGGCUGCAGGGAUGAAGUGGGGCAGCGAGGCCAUCGCAGGCUACUCUCAGUAUUUCCACCUCGCCGCCUGGCUCAUCCCCAGCGUCAAGACCAUCGUGGUCCUGGCCCUCAGCUCUGUGGACGGGGACCCUGUGGCUGGAAUCUGCUAUGUGGGGAACCAGAGUCUGGAGAACCUGCGGGGAUUCGUACUCGCACCUCUGGUGGUCUACCUCUUCACCGGCUCGCUCUUCUUACUCGCUGGCUUUGUUUCCCUCUUCCGCAUCAGGAGCAUCAUAAAGCAAGGUGGCACCAAGACGGACAAACUGGAGCGACUCAUGAUCCGCAUCGGGCUCUUCACGGUGCUGUACACCGUCCCCGCAACCAUCGUGGUGGCCUGUCUGGUCUACGAACAGCACUACAGGCCCGGCUGGGAGCGAGCUUUAGCCUGCUCCUGCCCGGCUGAGCGCCAGCGCUCGGGCAUAGGCCCGGACUACGCCGUCUUCAUGCUCAAGUACUUCAUGUGCUUAGUGGUGGGAAUCACCUCAGGGGUCUGGAUUUGGUCAGGAAAGACCUUGGAGUCCUGGAGGAGGUUUGUGGCUCGUUGCUGCCCCUGCUGGCCGCAGAAAGCCACUGCACCACCCUCCAUGUACAGCGAGGCCAGUACGGCUUUAACUGGACACACUGGAACUGGGCUGACAUCAGGGAUCUACCACAAAGCAGUUCCAUCACAUAUAUGAACUGGACCACUUCUUUUGACAUAAACUAAAGUAUCCAAACAUCAUGAGUGCUGACAAAAAUCUACAGGACUGUGUGCAUCAAUGUGCUCUGAAUUUCAGCUCUCACAAAGACAAGUCGACUGUGACAACUUGAAACUCGACGGACUAAAAUGAUUCAGAGCAUGAAAAGGGAAGAAUUUAACAAAACAAGCUGGGUAAAAGCAAUUUAAAUAACAGAAUAUUAAAAAGAGUCUGUUAUGUAAAACGUUACUCCAACAAACGAAACUUGUGUCUUUUCCAGCUGAAACAGCCGACCAAACUUACAGAGAAACAAUCUCCAAACCUCACAGAGUUACAUGGAUCCAUGAUGGAGUCACACAUGCUUUUUCCUGUCUGCUUACCCUAAGCACUGAGAGAGAAAAUAACAUAUUUAUUUAUGUAUAUAUUGUAUAAAUUUGCUGUAAAAAAAAAAAAGACAAACUAGGUGUAUAGUGUGAUAUGUUUAGUUUCUAACCAACCAAUGCCACUGCCACAAACUGAGAGACACAAAUCUUGUCUGAUUUGAAUUGUAUAAACUUGUACAUAAAUGUGCCGUUUCAUGUUAAUAUUUGAGUGUAAUAUCUGGUGUAUUUUGUAUGGUUAGAAAUGGAAACAAACUGUCUUUGUUGAGGUUUUCUCAGACCUGGAAGUCAUGUACCAGACACCGUUUUGACCCCUGAGCUCUGUUUUUUGGCUGGAUCCCAUUUAAAGUCACUAAAGUCUGUUUCUGAACUGGUUUUGUCCGUGCUGUGUGAACUAACAGGCAGCGAUUAGGUUAGAGCAGCAGGAUGAAACUGACCUUGGCCUUCACCCCCAUCUGCUGGUCGACAGAGGAGCUACUCACUUUAUGUUCUCCACAUUACAGAUGAACAUUAGACCACAGACCCUCUGUCCAAAACUGUCCAACAAAGGUGCAAAUUACAGUAAAAUUAUGUUAACAGUGAAAUCUAGUUUUGACAAACAUCAGAAGAUUAUAAAAUAAUGAAAAUGAUCAUUAGUUGCAGUCCCAUUUAUUGUGUUAUAUUGGUGAGAAUUGAACACUACUUUAAAAAAAAUCUAUACCUAUUAUGUCACUUUUACAUUUGUUUAUUGGGUAUUUGACUUAAAUGUUUGUGACUUAAAAUCUGAUUAAAUUACUCAUUUAGCUGGAAACAGUGCUGAAAUAUUUAGUCCAGUAAUUAAAUUAUAUAAAUACUAACGAUAAUCCAUUGAUAUGAACACUUGAUAAUCAUUAUAAAAUCACAAAAGACAAAACAAUAUUUGCUAUUCAAUCUAUUAAGGCUUUUGGGAUGUUGAUUGGACAAAAGAAGCAAUUUUAAAAGUCAAAUGGGAAUAUUUGUCUUUUUUUUAAAAACAAUUUAUAGCAUAAACAAGCACUUUUUGGCUUCUGGAAGAUGCUGAUUUUCAUCACUACUGACUUUAUUCAAAGUAUGUAUUCCAAACUAGUAUUUUCAUCUGUCCAGUUGCAUGUAACAACCUUCUACAAAACAAAAUCUCAGAUGGGAUAUGUGGCCUAAUAUAGAUCAUAUGUUUAUUGGAGGCAUGACAUCAUAGAAUGAUGGAACCUCCUGUCUUCUUUGAAAAGUCUCAUUUGUUGUUUGUUUUCUUAGUUCAAGAGUACAAACGGUUUUAACAUCAGUGGUGAUCCGAGACUCUGGGGGCCUGUUGUAUGUCUGUCAGAUGUCCUCAGUAAUGGUCCUGUAUCAGUCUGCCAUAGGGCAGCCAGAAGGGACCCCAUUUAGGGGGCAGUGAUGGUGUACUAGAGAAUAAUUUAUUUGAGUUUUAAGGGUGUUUAUAGUUGCAAAAUGUGCCAAUAUGAGGCCAUUUAGGGCACCUUUUCCUAACAUUUACCUGGUUUGCCUCUUGAUGGAGGCUCCCCUGCUUGGAAGACAGAAUAUGUAUUAAAUGGCUGAGAUUUGGUGAAAAUGAAGCCCACUUAUUGUUUCCUGCUGUGAUGCUCUGUAAUAUUUCCAUGAUGUGAUAUUUCCAUUCGAUGCUGUUGGCCAGUUGUGUUCUUUAGACGACUCUGUGCCACCAUGCUGAUAUCUUUAAUUUAUUAGCCUGAUUUGUGUGUGAGCGAAUGCUAUUGUAAGAGUGAUGAUGAAUGCCACAAAGUGUUGGUUAAAACUGACAUUUAGGUUUUUAUUUGUUCAAGUGUAAAUCUGCUUUCUUAUUGAUAGAGCUCCUCAAAGGAUAUUAAAAAAAAUAUUGUAGAUUUCAAUUGUGGAAUUAAAACUGAGUUGACCUCAAGUUUGGUGCACAUGUCAUGUAUGUCUGUUUCUGUAUAUUUAGAGGAUUUGUAGACUUAUGGCUA